UCAUCACCUCACCUCGCCUUACCAACUCGUCGACCACCCUCACCUUCCUUCAUAAAUCCCGGAGCUACCACAGGUUGUCCCUUUCGCGCCACCACCACAUUAGAUCCAUCAACAUGUCGGAGCAAGAGAAGUCAUCCUCCUCGGGAGAGGGAGGUCAGGCAAAGAAGAUCACCAUGGAGCAGCUCCAGGAGCAUGACAAGACAGGCGACCUCUGGCUCCUCAUGGAUGGCAAGGUCUACGAUGUUUCCAACUUCAUGGACGAGCACCCAGGAGGUGACGAGGUCUUGACCUCCGAGGCUGGAAAGGACUGCACAGAGGCAUUUGAAGACGUCGGACACUCCGAUGACGCCAGGAGUUUGUUGCCGCCUAUGCUCGUUGGCGAGCUCGAGGGAGCUGUCCAGAAGGCCAAGCAGACUGCUAGUUCGGUCAACCAGUCAGCACAGAAGAGUGGAAACCCUCUCCUGAUGUUCAUCCCUCUCCUCUUCCUCGGAGCAUACUUCGCCUACAGGCACAUGCAGUAGAUGGAUUUUAUUCAUUCGCGAUUCGUGGCACGCAUGGGAAGCAAGGAGAUACGUAAGGGGAGCGAAAGGACUCUGUUAGAUCUGUCGAAUUUGGCUCAAGGCGGGCUUCGGAGUGGCAGGCUGUCCACCUUCGAUGGUUUCACCAUCCGCUAUCCCCUCGCCCGGCCC